CGCCUCGGCAGUGAGCGCUGAGCUGAAGCCGCUCCUCCUGUUUCCGCGCUGCGGCUCUGCCCGAGUCUUUACCGCAGUGAGAUCCGUCAUCCGUCCUGCACACGAACGCUCCGGGGGGCUCGCUCUGACACCGACCAGCUUCUGCUGCUGACCCUGGCAAAACAAAACCAAACAUAAGAACAAAUAACAAUAAUAAUAACAACAGUAAUACUAAAAAUAAUCAUAAAAGAACGAAGACAAAACCGCGCGACAAAAUGGGAAAUGAAGCAAGUUACCCCUUGGAGAUGUGCUCGCACUUCGAUGCUGAUGAGAUUAAGAGACUAGGCAAGAGGUUUAAGAAACUCGACCUGGAUAACUCGGGAUCUCUGAGCGUGGAAGAGUUCAUGUCCUUGCCCGAGCUCCAGCAGAACCCGUUGGUCCAACGAGUCAUCGACAUAUUUGACACGGAUGGCAAUGGCGAGGUGGACUUUAAAGAGUUCAUCGAGGGCGUGUCUCAGUUUAGCGUCAAAGGUGACAAGGAGCAGAAACUGCGCUUUGCGUUCCGGAUCUACGACAUGGACAAAGACGGCUACAUAUCCAACGGCGAGCUCUUCCAGGUGCUCAAGAUGAUGGUGGGCAACAACCUGAAGGACACGCAGCUGCAGCAGAUCGUCGAUAAGACCAUCAUCAACGCCGACAAGGACGGAGAUGGCAGGAUAUCUUUCGAGGAGUUCUGUGCGGUGGUCGGCGGUUUAGACAUUCACAAAAAGAUGGUGGUGGACGUGUGAAUGGAUGGAUGACCCCUUUCACCAAACGCCUCUCUCUCUUUCCUUCUCUCUUUUCACUCUCCCCCUCUCUUUCUGUUCCUCUCUCCGAUUCUCUGCGUUCUCCUCCAUACCUGAGAAUCAGCUCGCAGUGUCCAGCUAUAAGCGCUCCCCUUCACUCUCGCUCUUCUUUCACCGUUUCUCCCUACUUACACCGAAGUAUUUUGUUUUGUGACCAUGCCCCCCCACCCCACCCCAUCCCCUUUUUGUUUUUUCACAUCUCAAGACGCCAAUCAUCGGAAGUGUUAUCAAGCACGACGACGAUCAUUUUUCCUAUUGACGUGUAGGAUAUAGCAGGGAAACGGCUUUCGGACACUGGGCAAGCAUUUCAGUUUGGUGGAGAAAGGGGGAAAGUGCGCGUGUGUGUGUGUGUGGGUGUCUAAGUGUGUGCGUGAUGUACUGUUUGUUUCUUUUUCAUUUUUGAAGGGGGGACAUUUUUUUAUAUUUAUUUUGGUUGUGUUGUUUUUUUUGUUUUUUUUUUGUUUUUUUUAAAUGAGGAUGUAGGGGUACAAGGAGUUUGUCUAGUCGGUCGAAACAUACUUUUCAUCACAGCGUGCAGAUAAGAGCAUGAAGUGCCAAUCAAAACUGAAUAUAUGUGAUUUAUUAUUUUAAAAAUAUAAAUAAAUAUGAGCAGAAUGUAUGAAAAUCAUCAAUCUGGAGAUUGGCUCUGCACAGAAUCCAUCAGUACACGUUCACAAACCGGUUUUAAAUGAUCCAUUUCAGUUUUCCCACUCCUGCUUCAGAUAACAUGGAACAAUAGGAAGUUGUAAUGUUUUUUAAUAAGGUGUGUGUGUGCGUGUGUGAGAGAGAGAGAGAGUGAGUGAGUGUGUGAGUGCGAUGAUUAUAUCGUUAAGGUGUUCAAAUAUAGUACUUGCUUUUCCAAUAUCCACGGUAGAUUAAAAUAAAUGCAAAAAAGUUGAGCACAUACACAGACUUGCAGUUUACUUUUAGGAGAUAUAUAAAUAUAGAUAUAUAUAUAUAUACAUACAUAUAUAUAAUUUUUGUCAGUGAUUUUUUUUUUUUUUUUUCCCGAAAAGGGGUUUCCAGCUGUCAGUUUGAGAGACACACAAACACACAGGAUGGAACAGUGCCAUCUGCAUCCUUAUAAAAUUUUUUGUGUAUUUUGCAUUUAUCGCGUAACAGAAGAGAACAAGAUCGUGUUAACGAUGGAGUCAGCAUUGAGGGGGAAAAAAAAACAAAAAAACGUGGAGGUUGAGUCACAGAACAGCACAUAAGAAACCGAAUGGGCUUAGAUUUCCAACGUGACUGCGGGCAGCGCUGUAAAGUUGUGGUUCGUUUUUAUUUGUAUAUUAGGACGGAUGGACUUGAGUGGUGAGGUUGAGCUGUUAGCAUUUCAUAUCGACCGUUGUUUCCUACACCGUGGCUAAGCUGAGCGCAAGUUCACGUUUCAUUCGCGCUUUUUCAUUUCCAGCCAUGUGAAACCUCAGGACUGACUUUCUCUUUAAAAGAAGAAGAAACCCUGGCUAUGUUUUCAACCACAUACUUGCAUACUAAAUUGUAGGUUAAACUAGUACACACCAGUGCUUGUGUUUUGAUGUAGGUGUACCAUUUAGUGCUGGAGGAUGGCUGUUGAGAUGCAGCCUUUGUACUUCUACACAUUUUCAGCAGGAAAAAAAAGUUAAUUCUGUCUUUACCAAGUGCAAAAAGUCUCAAAUCACACGCUGUGACUACAAAAAAAACCAUACUUUCAAGUGGUUUGUACAUGAGACGUACUAAUCGAGAAUGUCUUGGUGGUCCGUUCUUGCGUAUUAGAUACAGUUCACUCACUCUGUUAAGCUCGUAACUCAGAAUUUCUGAGGAAAACAAACUAAGCACCCCCUCAACUUGAAUUCCUAUUCAGGAGCUCAGGAAGGUGAACAUGGCUGCUCACAGCAUCCACAGUUAAUAAAACAUCUUUACUUUAAAUGAGUAUUAUUUGGUUAGUUCGUUAUGGAGUAUAUUAUAUAGAGUUAACACUUACCACACAGUUCCACACAUUCACUGAUCAUUAAUGUUUGCACAACAAAACACAUGCUUUCAGGGAGGCGACUUUGCAGCUCGAACACACCAAGCUAAAAAAUGAUGUAAUUCCCAGUUAUGACUUCGAACCUCCGAGUUAAGUCGAAUGUCACCUAACUUUAUUUAUUACUAGGUACAGCCCUUCGUGGCUGAGAACCUGGACAGCUAAAUUGGCCAUGCUGUCUGGGUGGGAGGGGCAUACUGUCUCUCCCCUGUCAAUCAGAGCACCAAUCAUCGGCAUGUGUGAGCUCAUGUAUGUGGAAGAGGGCAGAUAGCACAUUCCUCGGAGUGUGUUGCGCUUCCUAUGAGCAGCAGUUUAAAAAGAUGCAGUUGGCUUUCUUCACAUGUCAUGGAGGAAGCACGUGUUAGCUCUCUCCCUUCCCAGUUUGUGGCUGGUGUGACAUGGGGAGAGCUGGCUGAUGGGUGGGAAUUGGCCAUGAUCAAAUUAGGGAGAAAAUCGAGGGGAAUUAGGAAAAAAAAAAAACUGGGAAACUGUCACUACACCUAGAGGUAGCUUAUUAUUAAAUAAACGAGUGAGUGUUGCAACAAGGGGCGUUAGCUUAACAUAAACCUAAACAGCUAGCAAGUUAACUGAGCCAGAAAACCAAGGUAUUGAGUAUAGCUACAGCUAGCUUUACUCAUCCGGUUACACCGGUGUCUUGUCAUCAGCGUCGCUAAGCAUAACUAGCUUGAGGAGUUAGCUAUGAUGCUACAGAGCUAGUUAAAUGCUGUAAAUGUAUGUGGUUUCCAUGGCAUCAGAGGGCGUGGCCUCAGUCACCACACUAGAUGUAUUCAGUCCUACUUGAUGGUAGCUAGCUGACCUGAAAGAUUUCCCGUGCUACGUGUAAAAUUUAUUUAUCCAGUUAUGAACACUGAGAAAUUGUUUAGUACACAGGUAUGAUGUGAGACUUUUAAAAUCAUUUUCACCGAACCUUAUUAACUUCAGUCUGCCAUCACUACGAUAAAUAGACAAGAGCCUCUGAUGCUGGAAAAACAAACUAAGAUCUGACCAUUUGAGUUACGAGGUUUCUGCAGAGCACUGGCAGUAAAUCAGUUAGCGUUAAUAUUAGCAUUAGCUCUGCUUAUUGCCUUUUUUUUUUUUUUUUUUUAGUGAUUAUAGCCUGAGUCGCCUUCUAGAUGACCACCAGGAUGCGCUCUCUCGCUCUCUCUCUCUUGCACACGUCUGCUGUUUUUUUCUAAAUCACGCGCUGCACGACUUGCAUUUUCCCAAAAAAAUUUUUAAAAAUUAACAAAAAAAAAAAAAAAAAGACCUUUAACGGUCUGGUGAUGUGCUUUGCAUGAAAUGGGCGGGUAUCUUUCUUUUCUCUGUGCAUGUAGGUCUGACUUUUGGGAAAACAUUUAAAAAACAAUCCUCUUGUUUACAUAAUGAAUUGUAAGAAUUGAUAUUAUAUGAAUGACAGUUGCAUAUAAAUAUAUGGAUGUUGCCAAACUUUUUUUGGUAAAUGUUUUAAAUAUGGAAAUGACAAACUUACUCCACUACAUCAUGUAUCCAUACUUCUUAUAAUAACGAGAUGAAUAUAAUAAUCAGAAAAAUCAGUGUCACAUUAAACAAAACUUCACGUUGGCCCUCUGGAAGCAGCGUGCUGUGGAAACCGGGUCUUGUGUUUGGGGUUUUUCUUUCUUUUUUUUUUUUUCCAGUUCCUGAUUUGGAUGAAUUGUUUUGUACAGACUUUUGUUAUUUACAUGUGUUACAGUUAGUGCUUCUUUGCUUUCGAUUCAGUGCUUUCUAUAACUUUAUGUUGGGGAUCGGUCAGUUUGUUACCUCGUAUGAUAGUGUGAUGGUGGUGGGUUUUAGGGGGGAGGGGUGCUAUGGGGGAAGAAAACAACAUUUCAGUCUUAGGAGUUUUGUUGAAUUUUUUUUUUUUGUUUGGGCCUCUUCAUCUCUGCAUGCUGCGUCAUAUGCUGUGGGAACCAUUGAAAUGCCACUCAUGACAAUGAGAAAUAAAACAUUUGAACCUCGUAAAA